CAGUUUCGCUCCGGGUCCAACAUGGACGCCGCCUGCUCCCGGAGUUAAGCUCGCUCGGCAAAUAAUAAAAGUGCGGUGGUUCGAUUUGGGCGCAGACUGAGUAGUUUCCUCACAUUUCUGACUCCCGCAGCCAUGACGCAGGCGGUGAAGACCGGGACGACGAUCGUCGCGAUUGAGUUUGAUGGAGGGGUGGUGCUGGGCUCUGACUCCCGAGUCUCCGCUGGAGAGACGGUGGUGAACAGGGUGAUGAACAAGCUGUCGCCGCUCCAUGACAAGAUCUACUGCGCUCUGUCGGGCUCGGCGGCGGACGCUCAGACCAUCGCAGAGGUGGUCAACUACCAGCUGGACGUGCACAGUAUUGAGAUCGACGAGGAUCCGCAGGUGAAAUCGGCAGCCUCCCUGGUCCGAAACAUAUCCUACAAGUACAAGGAGGAGAUGUCAGCGCACCUCAUCGUGGCCGGUUGGGACCGGAGGCUCGGAGGGCAGGUUUACGCGACCCUCAACGGCCUGUUGUCGAGGCAGCCGUUUGCGAUCGGGGGCUCCGGCAGCUUCUACGUGUACGGCUUCGUGGACGCGGAGUAUCGGCGCGGCAUGAGCAAAGCCGACUCGCAGCAGUUCGUCAUCGACACUCUCGCUCUGGCAAUGGGCCGCGAUGGCUCCAGCGGGGGCGUGGCCUACAUCGUCACCAUCGACGAACACGGCACAGAGGAGAAGGUCAUCCUGGGAAACGACCUUCCCACUUUCUAUAAUCAGUGACAAACCAAGCAGCAAAAGAAGAGACGUUUCAUCUGCAGGGGGGAAUUGACACUCAAAUAAAUGCAGAAU